GUCAUUUUUAAUGCAGCUGUGCCUGCCCAAGACUACCUGUCUCCAGGAGGGGAAUGUGGAAGUGAUGACACCGGGGUUGCUGACAAUCUGGUCACAGGAUUCAGUGACCUUUGAGGAGGUGGCGGUGGACUUCUUCCAGGAGGAGUCAGCACCACUGCACCCUGCUCAGAAAAUCCGGUACAGAGACCUGAUGCUAGAGACCUACAGGAACCUCCGUCAGCCUCACAUCUUCAUUGAGAAGAUUGAAUGAAAUGUACACAUUCAGUUAAAGAUCAAUGAACUGGUACCCAUCAACCAAGC